UGACUAUUGGACAGCAUGCCCUGGCACGUCGAGUCGGUUCUUGUGUGCUGUUUAGCCUUCGCACUUCUUGCGCACGGAGAUGAAUUAUUCAGGGUAAAGAGGCAGGAUAACCCAGAACCUGUCAAGAAAGAAGAGAGCUUCGAGACCGAACUCUGCAAGGACAAGGAUGCCGGCGAGUGGUUCAGGCUCGUAGCGGGCGAAGGAGACAACUGCAGAGAUGUCAUUCAGUGUACCUCCAGUGGCCUACAAGCCAUCAGGUGCCCCGCCGGUCUGUACUUCGACAUAGAGAAACAGACCUGCGACUGGAAGGACGCAGUCAACAACUGCAAACUGAAGAACAAGGAGAGGAAAGCGAAACCUCUGCUGUACACCGAGGAACCACUUUGCCAGGACGGCUUCUUGGCCUGCGGAGAUGGCGCCUGUAUAGAACGAGGUCUCUUCUGUAACGGAGAGAAAGACUGUACGGAUGGGUCUGAUGAGAACACAUGUGAUAACGACAACGACCCGAACAGAGCGCCUCCAUGCGACCCAGCAGUCUGCGUACUCCCUGACUGCUUCUGCUCAGAGGAUGGAACAGGCAUCCCGAACGACCUGCCCGCCAAAGACAUUCCGCAGAUGAUAACCAUCACCUUCGACGAUGCCAUCAACAACAACAACAUCGAGCUGUACAAAGAGAUCUUCAGUAGUAAAAGGAAGAACCCCAAUGGCUGCGACAUCAAGGCCACCUUCUUCGUGUCCCACAAGUACACCAACUACUCUGCUGUUCAAGAAACCCAUAGGAAAGGACACGAGAUCGCCGUGCAUUCCAUUACCCACAACGACGACGAACAGUUCUGGUCAAACGCCACCGUUGACGACUGGGCCAAAGAGAUGGCUGGUAUGAGGGUCAUCGUCGAGAAGUACGCCAACAUCACCGACAACAGCGUUGUAGGAGUACGAGCUCCCUACCUCAGGGUUGGUGGCAACAACCAGUUCACCAUGAUGGAAGAACAAGCCUUCCUCUACGACUCGACCAUCACCGCGCCACUCUCCAACCCUCCACUAUGGCCUUACACCAUGUACUUCAGGAUGCCACAUAGGUGCCACGGAAACCUCCAGCACUGUCCGACGAGGAGUCACGCCGUAUGGGAGAUGGUAAUGAACGAGCUCGAUCGUCGAGAGGAUCCUAAUUUCGACGAGUAUCUCCCAGGUUGCGCUAUGGUAGACUCUUGUUCUAAUAUCCUCACAGGAGACCAAUUUUAUAACUUCCUCAACCAUAAUUUCGACAGGCAUUACGAUCAGAACAGAGCACCCAUCGGGUUGUAUUUCCACGCAGCUUGGCUCAAGAACAACCCAGAGUUCUUGGAUGCUUUCUUGUAUUGGAUCGAUGAGAUCCUGGAGAAGUACAACGACGUUUACUUCGUCACUAUGACUCAGGUCAUCCAGUGGAUCCAGAACCCGAGGACGAUCUCAGAGGCCAAGAACUUCGAGCCAUGGAGGGAGAAGUGCGUGGUGGACGGACCCCCCGCCUGUUGGGUACCACACUCCUGCAAGCUGACCAGCAAGGAGGUUCCCGGAGAGACCAUCAACCUGCAGACUUGCGUCAGGUGUCCGAACAAUUACCCAUGGGUCAACGACCCCACAGGGGACGGUUUCUACUGAAACUUGCCGGAGGAUCUCAAUCAAAGCCAAUCCCGGAGGUCGCCGGGUCAUGACUGACAUAAACAGCGGGAGAUACUCCCCGGCCCAGAAGACACGGAGGGUCAGGGCCCCAUCGUAAUAUAAUCAAUGCCAGCGAUUACAUCCAAUUAUUUUAUUAUAUAAUUAAUUAUACACAACGAACAGACACAAAUUAUUGUAAAAAACUUAUAAAUAUUGUAAGAAACCCCUCAUUUCCUCUCCUCUCCAGCCCUUGUACACUCAAUACGUGUAAUGUAUGCAAUAUUAUAACAUUAUCCUCACGAUAUAUAAAUUGUAAUGCUAUAUUAAGUUGAAAUACAUUAUUCUCAACUUAGUUAUCAAAGUCCUCAAUUUAUUUAAAUUAUAGUCAACUAUUGUUCUAUUAGACUUUCAAUUGUUUGUAAAUAUUUAAUAAAAAACAUUAUAAAAUUUGUUGGUUUAUUAUUAAUAAAUUUAUUAAUAGUACGUUACAAAAUCUA